GUCAGUGUGAGCUGACAGAAACAGAAAGCACAACGCCUGAGAUACAAGAUCAAGGAUAUAUAAUAUAUAUAAACAUUUAAAAAAAUAAAAUACAUCUGAGCUGUUUCACAGAUGAAGCGCUUCCCAAGCGAGAGACUGGAGUGAUGUAGAUGGUGAGAAACGGAGUUAAUCUGUGAAACGUUACCGGCUUUGAGUUGAGAGCACAUGUUGAUGGGCUGAUGUGUGUUCCUCUCAGACAGCGCUUUAUUUACAAGAAGAGGAAACGCUGAAGCUACAGCUCUCCGGUGCGUCACAUGUGGAAGAGACAAUGCCAGGAGGCUAUUUCUGGGAUUUUCUCAAGGAUCUUUCAAAUAACCUGAUUUUGAGUAGCUAUUUUUGUGUUUCCUAAACGCUGAGAGGUGACAACGUGUGCCAUCCCAAAACUACAGUGCUAUGCCAAGCUGAACCUUUGCAGAGUUAGUGAGAGGACUCUUGAUUUAAUGAGAGGAAGAUGAAUGUUGGCAGUGAGCUCCAAGAAAACUCAACUAAAGAAUAUCAGCAUCAGAUCUACGCCGUCUUCUACACAGUGAUUCUUGUUCCUGGACUGAUCUGCAAUGUUCUCGCACUCUGGGUUUUUUACGCCUACAUAAAGGAGACAAAGAAGGCUGUUGUAUUCAUGAUUAACCUGGCCGUCGCUGAUCUGCUGCAGGUGCUGUCACUACCUCUGCGCAUUUACUACUAUUUGAACAACUCGUGGCCUUUCGGCGAUGCCGCCUGCCUGCUCUGUUUCUAUCUGAAAUACGUCAAUAUGUACGCCAGCAUCUACUUCUUGGCCUGCAUCAGUCUGAGACGCUGUCGACUCAUUAUCCAGCCGCUGCACUGCGUGGCCUCCAAGAGACGGAGGGAGCGUGGCUUGUGUUUAAUCGGGUGGUUCAUCGUGUGUCUGGGAUGCCUUCCCUUCCCUCUUAUGCGGAAACCCAACACCAACUCCACACACUGCUUCGCCGAGCUGCCCAUGACGCGGCUGAACACAGUGCUAGGAGCGUCUCUGGUGACAUUCGCGGAGCUGGUGGGUUUUCUGCUGCCGCUGGUCAUCGUGGUCACCUGCUCGUUGCUGACCGCUGCCAGUCUGCGGCAGAAGUCCUGUGUGCUGCAGGACACUGGGGAGAAGCACAAGGCGCUCAAGAUGGUGCUGAGCUGUGCCGGUGUGUUCCUGGUGUGUUUCGUGCCCUAUCACAUCACCUUCCCUUUAGACUUCUUGGCCAAAUCAAACUACACAUUCAGCUCAUUAGAGUUCAAGAACGCCGUGCUCCACGUUCAUCCGGUCACCCUGUGUCUCGCGAGUCUGAACUGCUGUCUGGACCCAGUCAUGUACUACUUCACUACUGAUGAGUUCAAGCGCCGUCUGUCCAGGCCAGAGUUUCAAGAAAGUUUGCCAUUACAGCAGAGAACUUCUCUCUCCACAAACGCUACAGUGUUAAACCAGACAGAUGAAGCACAGUGACAGGGACAGAGCGCUUUCUGUGAGUACGACUGAUGCACUCCCAACAUUUCUCUUGAGAGAUCCAGGAAUGGGUGAAAGGACAUUUAUUUAACCCCAAAACAGGAAUACUGUGAAAUAUUAUUAUAUUUCUAAUUUUCUACUUAUAUAUUUUAAGAUGUACUGUAUUUCUGUGAUGCUCCGCUGUAUUUUCAGCAUCAU